CGCAAACGCUCUGUGAUGUACGUCUGCAAACUUAGACUUUUUCUGAUUUAUAUUUCCCUCUUUUUUCUUUUCUGUGAUGUGAGGUGCCUCUUUAAUGGCUGGAGAUGUGGAAAUCAUUGACUUUACAAGGCCAGAUGGCAGCAGGAAGAAUCUAUUCAUCACUAACAUACCUGGGAAACUAGCUGAUGAAGACGUUGUGUAUCAACUGAGAGAAACAUUUGAGCCGUAUGGUCUACUGUUUAGGGUCCAGGUCUUCCCAACACAGUGGAAACCUAAGCCUGGUACAGAGGUAGAAAAUACUGAGCAGCAGUGUUCUGGGUACUAUGCGUUUGUCACAUUCUACUCGGCUAUGGAGGCCACUAAAGCCAAGGGAGCACUCAACAGUGUUGUUAUGCGGGCCGGGGAAGAAUGCAAGAUUGCGUUUGCAAAGCGUAAGAAGGAGCUACAGGAGAAAUGUUCGCUGUACUUCACCAAGUGUUAUGAGUUGAUCAAUCAUUACCUAGGCUUCAACAGCUGGUCGACCACUCUUAAGACUAUGUUUGAAGACAAGGAAAGUGUCACAGAUACGAGUCGUACAUUGUACAUCAAAUACGUGAGCCUGGUGGAACUGCGGGUGUUGGAUCUGGUAACGGAGGGAGUAGGGGUAUGGCAAGAAGCCCUUGUAAAAUCUACAGAUCCGUUGGUGAGAAUCCAAGCAACAGGAAAAUGCCGCAAGUUGUGUCACAUGCGGGCGAUAGAGAACGCCUUCUCGCACUUGUUACUCGUUAUCCUGGGCAACGGGAAGGUUCAUGUAGAGAUUGACACAACAGUCCCAGAACUGCGUACCGAUGUGGUCAAGGAUGACCAACUGGUCAAGGUGACUGAACUUAGCGAUCAACCAAUGAUGGAACAAGAGAUGAAUGACAAAGAAGAUGCUACGACAACAUCUGUUAGCACAAAUAAACUGUCAGCCAGCGCUCUGGACGACAUCAACCUGCAGAUACUUCAGGAAUUGGAAGAUGACAUGUGAUAUUAAAAUUUCCCAUGUGAAUGAUUUAAUGAUUAAAUGACCUGCCUUAAGGUGGUCAAAAUAUUAUUGAUGCAAAUAAUGUGAACCGUUGGCCAGGACACUUAGAUUCAAUAUUCAUAUCACAUCCAGAAAUGGAAAAAACCCUUGGUGAGAUGGUGAAAAGAUUGUUGAUACUAGUAAAGUGAGUUGCUGGCCAGGACUUUUAAAGCAUUAAUCUCCAGGAAGGUCAGGAAUUAAAGCUCUUUAAUAUGGUCAAAAUAUUGUCUAUGCAAGUAAUGUGGGCUAUUGGCCAGGAAACUUUUAAGGCUUCAAUCUACAGAAAGGUCAGGUAUUGGAAAUAAACCACGUCAAAAUAUUGUUAAUGCAAUUAAGUGAUGUGAAGUAGUGACAUGGACAAUUCAAUAUACAGAUCUAUACCAAAUUGAAGGAAUGGUAUAUCAUAUGCCCAGUGAGGAAAUUGAAUUAAGAAAUUGACUUUUAGUUUACAAAAUGGCUUGUUUUAUAAAUAUAGGCCUAGUGAUUUCCUUCCCUGUUUUGAAGCGCCCAGGUUACCCAGAUUUCAAAAUUCAACUGCCCCUGAAAGCUGGGGCACUAACAUGGCCUGGGGAAAGCCAUGUUAUUACAAGUUCAGUUGAAAUAAAUGAAAAUAUCAGGAAUGCUAUGCAUUUAUUUUGUUUUACAUCAUUCACAAGUAUAAAAAUCAUUGAUGUAUGGAAUGUAUAUAUAUAGAUGAAAAUAAUAGAAUGUGAAAAAGG